AUGGUAGAGCACUUCAGCAAAUUUGAAACGUUCUACGUUAAGUUGGGUGCAAUACACAAAGAACUAGAUUUAGAUGACAAUUGGAAAUUCGUCAAUAACUUCGUGCAAGCUUUUUGUCCAACUUACGAGGCUACAAUCAAAUUUCAGGAUAAGCACGUUGGAUUGUCGGAUUUCCAUAUGCUAUGGAUCAACACGAUCCGAAUGACGAAGUUAAUACACAAUCCAAUGGCAGAAGAACUUUCAAAGAAUCUCUUGAAACGAUUGGAGUCUCUAAAAGAAAACGUGCCGUUCAAAGCCGCCAUUUUGCUGGAUCCCCGAUUUUACUAUGAGGAUUCACGUGUGUUUACUCCUGACGAGAAAGAGCAAAUACGGGCAUUGUACGCGAUACUGAACCAUUACUUUAUACGAAAGUUGAGCCCUAAGGAAGUCGCUGAGAAGCACCCACGGAAGUGGUGUUUACCGAUUUUUCCGAUUAUGAACCCUAACAAGCUCGGUAAGGUUCGGAUAGUAUGGGAUGCCGCUGCUAGACUUGCGUCUUUGCCAUCUGUAUUAUACAGGUUCCGAGAGUAUCGCUUCGCUAUGGCAGCCGAAAUACGAGAGAUGUUCCAUCAAGUUGAGAUCAAUGAAGGCGAUCAACAAAGCCAGCGGUUUUUGUGGAGAGAUGGGGAUUCAAGUAGGCCUCCGGAUGUUUACAUAAUGAUGGUGAUGACCUUCGGAGCCACAUGCUCGCUUAGUUACGCUCAAUUUGUGAAAAAUCACAAGAAGGCAUUGUACGCGAUACUGAACCAUUACUUUAUACGAAAGUUGAGCCCUAAGGAAGUCGCUGAGAAGCACCCACGGAAGUGGUGUUUACCGAUUUUUCCGAUUAUGAACCCUAACAAGCUCGGUAAGGUUCGGAUAGUAUGGGAUGCCGCUGCUAGACUUGCGUCUUUGCCAUCUGUAUUAUACAGGUUCCGAGAGUAUCGCUUCGCUAUGGCAGCCGAAAUACGAGAGAUGUUCCAUCAAGUUGAGAUCAAUGAAGGCGAUCAACAAAGCCAGCGGUUUUUGUGGAGAGAUGGGGAUUCAAGAUUGAUGGCUGGUUUCUUAAUGUUCCUUAAAAUUCUUCUGCAAGAGGUAUGGCGUGCAAAAACAGAUUGGGACGCAGAAAUACCGCCAGGGCUGGCAGACAAAUGGAUGGAGUGGUUAAAAGUUUUGCCGCAAACUGAGAAGCUAAGUAUUUUCCGUAGCUAUCGACAAACUACGACAUCAGAAGAGGAUAACGUUACUCAAUUGCAUAUUUUCGUCGAUGCAGGACGAAACGGACUAGUCGCCGUGGCAUAUCUUAGAUUCGAACAGGCGGGUACUAUAGAAUGUGCCCUAGUAGAAGCCAAAGACAGAGUUGCUCCCUUGAAAUAUGUGUCGGUUCAACGUCUUGAGCUGCAAGCCGCUGUGAUCGGAACUCGCAUGGCUGCUAGCAUAGCCGCAGCGUACCGCGUGAAGAUAUCUGAGAGAUACUUCUGGACGGAUUCUCGCGAAGUUAUUUGCUGGAUCAUAUCCGACCACCGACGAUAUUCUACAUAUGUUGCAAACAGGGUUGGUGAACUAUUAGAAGCCACUGAGUUAGCCGAGUGGAAUUGGAUUUCAACGCGCUUAAAUCCAGCGGAUGAAGGCACAAAGUGGCAGAAAAUACCUGACCUUAUCGCAUCCGGUCGUUGGUUAACCGGGCCUGAUUUUCUCAAAGAACCAAAAAUUCAAUGGCCGAUAAUUAAGGAAAAUGUUGGAACAACCGAUGAAGAAAUUCUAUCAAAUGUGCUUCACCAUUAUUAG